CUCCCACUCACCACGCUCCACACAUCCCACGUGCCCCCGCUUCUCUGUCCUCUCGGAAAAGCUUCGGCAAGGAGUGCAUGGUUAGCGAUCCUCACUAAAUACCUCACCUUCCCAGUGGGCAAAGUGCCCACCAAGCCUUAACCAACAACUUCGACGGGAAGACCAGAGGGCGCUGUCUUACCAGUGUUUUCGACCUCUUUAUACCCAGCUGCAUAGAUACCCUCUUGUGAUACCAUUUAAAUCUCUUUUGGAGCAGAUUCGAACUCGUUUUAAGCCCAUCUACUUGGUUUCUUCAAGCCGUCGUUGUUUGUCCCUGAGAGAGUGUGUGUUUGUUCGUGUGGAUCUACGGAGAUGCAUUGCUACGGGAAAUUGUUUAAAUAUGUUCUGUUGAGUCUCUUCUUGCUUCCUGGACAAGCAUAUACUAAUGUUCAACUGACAUAUAAGGGCUGCUAUGCCGUGGACAAUGCUCUGCCGUGGAAAGCAGAUGAUGAUUACAUGGACACGGACGUGUGCGCAACUAAGUGUGAUUAUAAGACAGUCUCGGUGUUAGGCUUAAGAAAUGGUGGGCAAUGCUACUGUGGAAACACGCUUCCAGCGCAGUUGGUUGAUGACAGCUACUGCAACGUACCCUGUUAUGGCUACGGAACGGUCAAGUGUGGUGGAGCCAGCUACUGGAGUGUUUACUUGACUGGAUAUGGCACCUAUACGUCGGAGUCAUCGUCUUCAUCGUCGACGUCGAGUUCGCAAGCACCGUCUAGCUCGUCUUCCACGACUUCAUCAUCCACAACAUCUUCCAGUACGUCAACUUCAUCCUCCUCCACUCAAUCGUCCUCGAGCAAAACCACUUCAAGCUCGUCUACAAUGCCCUCUUCUUCUUCUUCUUCCUCUACCGAGUCCUCUUCCCGUACUUCGCAUAGCAGCAGCAAAGCGUCAUCCUCGACUUCUACGACAUCUUCCGGUACACCUACGUCUUUCAUCACCUCGACGACAACUGGUCCGAGUUCAAGCGUUUCCGCGUCGCAAUCCACUGUUGUCGGCGCCGGAUCGAAAGGAUCAUCAUCGGUAGGAACGGGUGCUAUUAUUGGAAUUGUGAUUGGUAUAGUCACCUUUAUUCUUGUUAUCAUCCUUGGCUUUUUUGUUAUGAGAUGGCGUAAAAGAGUUGUCUCAGUGACGGUGAAUCCAAAGGAUAGCUCUUACUCAGAAGGUUCGGAAUUCGAUUCUAGAUUAGAGCCUUCGCUCCUGAAACGAAUCUCUACAGGUUCGCUUGCCGAUAGCCAAGAUUACUCGAGAAAAAUUUUAAAAGUUGUUAACUGAAUUUUUUUGAAGUGUCUUCUGAAGAAUAUGCUCUUGUUGGCUUCACAGUCCUAGAAGCAGUUUUGACGGUAGUGGCGACGAUCCUCAUCAGGAUGGCGCUCUUUAAUUAUUAGUUGCGCAAAAGCAUUCGCAGAGGUCUUUCUCUCCGUCUUCUGCACAAUCAUUGCCUCUCUCAACAGGAAUCAUUCGUCUGGGGCAUCAGCGGGGUUUUAUGAAGCAAGCAAUAGUAGUCAUUGUUUAACUUUCGUUUUCCCUCAGCCAUAUACCCACUGACUUAUCACUCCUUACGCUCUUUCCUUUCUUUUGCUAUGUUUUAAUCCUUUUCCGUGGCUUUCCUUGGCAUUUGUCUUUAACUUUGUCUACGUUCCGAUGUGCUGACAGAUGUAUGCUUCCCGUUUCCCAUGUGUUCAUAGACGAAUGUCAGCGAUUGUGCAAGAAUCAUGUCCUUACGAUAACGAGCAGUGCUUUAAAGCAAUCCUUCAAAUAUGAGGUUGUUAACAAACACGGUUUGGUGUCCAUUUUUUGGCAUGUAUUCGUUCUUCAUCUCUCACUUGAAUUUUGCAUUACAUCGGGUUUCUUUCCGCUAUUUCAUUUUUUUCUCUUUCUCUAAAUCACUUCCCGUGCCGUCGUGUAGCCAUCUACUCUACUGUUUUUCGUUUUCUUUGAUAAACUUUGCGUUUGUUUGUUGUAUUGUAAAUAUUAACGAAAUAUAACAAGAGUGCAGGGAUCUAUACUUGUGUCUAAACUGCCCUGGAAGUGAGAUUUCUUUUGCGAGAGGAUUUUUGUAAUUGUUGAAUGAGUGUUAUAUUUACAUACGGGAGCUUAUACAGCAGUAAGAAACCGAUUGUGAAUGUUGUCUCCUCUUGUGACAAUACUUUAUGGAUUUAUCGUGGUUCUCUUAAUUAUUCAUUCGGUUUAUUUCUACAGUUAUGCUAGUUAGAUGGAAACUGGGCACCAGUUGAUUUAUUUUAAAUGCCUUAUUAUGUCCCGAUAUGAAUGAAAGCGGUGCGCAGAAUAGUUACAUCGGCAAGAAACUAGUAUGCUGUGACAAGAAGUCCAGUAGUAUGUACUCGAUUUGUAAUACUAUGUUUAAGUUUUGGAAACAAA